GGCGGGUCGCGGGGUCCGCCUGCAGCCCCCGCGGGCGGACGAGCCACAAGUGCGCCCGCCCGGGGCCGCGGGACCGGCGGGGAGAGGGGGCGCCGAGGGUCAUCCCGGAGCGAGAGGGGCUCCGCGCUGGCUGGGAGCAGGGGAGGCGGCCCGCGGGCAGCGGUCGAGACAAAGGCGGCGGCGGGGUGCGCAGGCUGCCCUCCGCGGGCGCUGGUCUCCGGGGCUCUGCUCUGGCAACUUGGGGCGUAGAGGGAGAGGGGGAAAAAAUCCGUUGUCUGUCAGCCUGACCGGGAUAGCGAUCGUCUUCCGCUGUUACUAGAAGGAGCGCACAAAGAGAGCGGAUUUUUGUUUAUCUGGCGAAGCACAUCAGGAAAUUCCCAGCAAAUAAAUACUGUGAACUCUAUGAAGGAGGAGCUUAGCUGUGGAGUGAAAGCAGAGAAUUUUCUAGUCUUGACACGGUCCUUUUGUGUGUGUGUGUGUGUACAUGUAUGUGCACUUGUGCAUUUCUGAUGCCUUUUUUGUCCCUGUGUCACCAGCUGUCUCCAUUCUCAGCUUCAGGGAAAUACUUGCUGUAUCUGCUGAAGUACGCCAGGCUGAGGAAUUUUCACAUCACUGAAAUUAUACAGCUAAACAGAGAAAGAAUGUAUACCAGCAUUUGGGUAUAAUACAUGAAACCAACCACAUUGUCUAAGUUUAUUUUGGAGAAAUAAAGCUUCAUUAGCACUUAACAACACUUUUCCUGCAAGGCAGAAACAGGAGGGAAAAACGUUACUUUAAAGAAAUCUGAAUAUGAGUGCCCACACGCAAACUGCAGAGAAAGGACAGAACACGACACUCCUGUGCCAGGAAAGCUAUGUUUGCAGUGGGACAGAUGAAGCAGUCUUUGAGUGCGAUGAGUGCAGGAGCCUGCAGUGCCAGCGUUGUGAAGAAGAGCUGCAUCAGCCAGAAAGGUUGCGGAACCACGAACGGACCCGUAUAAGACCCGGCCAUGUCCCGUACUGUGACUCCUGCAAAGGUGCCAAUGGGAACAUAAUGCAUGCCAGUAUGACGGGCUCAAGGCAGAUAGCAGCAGUGAGGUGCCAGGUGUGCAAAAUCAACCUCUGUGUGGAGUGUCAGAAGAGAACACACGCUGGGGGGAACAGAAGGAAGCACCCUGUCACCGUGUACCAUGCUGGCAAAGCCCAAGAACAAGAAGAGGAGGAGGGGAUGGAUGAGGAGGCCAAAAGAAGGAAGAUGACAGAGAAAGUUGUGAGUUUUCUCUUGGUGGAUGAAACUGAGGAGAUUCAGGUAAGGAAUGAAGAGGACUUUAUUAAGAAAUUGGACUGCAGUCCUGACCAGCACCUAAAGGUAGUGUCCAUCUUUGGGAACACAGGGGAUGGCAAGUCUCACACCCUUAACCACACCUUCUUCUAUGGCCGGGAAGUCUUCAAGACAUCUCCUGCCCAGGAGUCUUGCACAGUUGGAGUUUGGGCAGCCUACGACCCUGUCCGCAAAGUGGUGGUCAUUGAUACAGAGGGCCUGCUGGGGGCCACCGUGAACCUGAGCCAGAGAACACGGCUGCUGCUGAAGGUCCUGGCCAUCUCUGACCUCGUCAUCUACCGUACUCGUGCUGACAGGCUCCACAAUGACCUCUUCAAAUUCCUUGGUGAUGCCUCAGAGGCUUAUUUAAAACACUUCACCAAGGAGCUAAAAGCCACCACAGCCCGCUGUGGCCUAGAUGUUCCUCUGUCAACUUUGGGUCCAGGUGUUAUCAUCUUUCAUGAGACUGUGUACACCAAGCUACUGGGCUCUGAUCAUCCUUCUGAGGUUCCUGAGAAGCUCAUUCAGGAUCGGUUUCGGAAGCUAAGCUGUUUUCCUGAGGCUUUCAGCUCAAUUCACUACAAGGGAACAAGGACAUACAAUCCUCCAACAGAUUUCUCUGGGCUUAGGCGAGCUGUGGAGCAGCAGCUGGAGAACAAUACUACUCGGUCACCUAGACAGCCUGGGGUUAUCUACAAAGCACUAAAAGCUCUAAGUGACCGGUUCAGUGGGGAGAUCCCUGAUGACCAGAUGGCUCACAGCUCUUUCUUUCCAGAUGAAUAUUUCACAUGCUCCUCUGUGUGCCUCAGCUGUGGGUGUGGCUGUAAGAAGAGCAUGAACCAUGCAAAGGAAGGAGUCCCUCAUGAAUCCAAAAGUCGAUGCAGAUACUCUCACCAGUAUGAUAACAGAGUCUACACUUGCAAGGCGUGUUAUGAACGAGGGAUGGAGGUCAGCGUGGUGCCAAAAACCUCUGCUUCCACAGAUUCCCCUUGGCUGGGCCUUGCCAAGUAUGCCUGGUCAGGGUACGUGAUUGAGUGCCCCAACUGCGGGGUGGUGUAUCGCAGCCGGCAGUACUGGUUUGGCAACCAAGACCCUGUGAACACUGUAGUGAGGACAGAAAUUGAGCAUGUCUGGCCAGGGACUGAUGGAUUUCUGAAAGACAACAACAAUGCAGCCCAGCGUUUGUUGGAUGGCAUGAAUUUCAUGGCUCAAUCAGUAUCUGAACUUAGCCUGGGACCUACAAAAGCUGUGACCUCCUGGUUGACAGACCAGAUUGCCCCAGCUUACUGGAAACCCAACUCUCAGAUUCUGAGUUGUAAGAAGUGCAACACACCUUUCAAAGAUAAUGACACAAAGCAUCACUGCCGGGCCUGUGGAGAGGGCUUCUGUGAUGGCUGUUCUUCCAAGACCCGUCCAGUGCCUGAGCGAGGCUGGGGACCAGCACCAGUGCGUGUGUGUGACAACUGCUAUGACAACAGGGGCAUCCAGUUAGAUGUGGCUGAACUGCCUUCAGAUGAGGAAGGGGGAACACUUAUUGCCAGGAAGGUUGGGGAAGCUGUGCAAAACACGCUUGGAGCAGUGGUAACAGCCAUGGACAUUCCCUUAGGUCUGGUAAAAGAUGCUGCCCGACCUGCAUACUGGGUACCAGAUCAUGAAAUCCUGCACUGCCACAAUUGCCGGAAGGAAUUCAGUAUCAAACUCUCGAAACACCACUGUCGGGCCUGUGGCCAGGGAUUCUGUGACGAGUGCUCACACGACCGCAGAGCGGUUCCCUCUCGCGGAUGGGAUCACCCAGUCCGAGUUUGCUUUAACUGCAAUAAAAAGCCUGGUGACCUUUAACCCCAGGCUGCUCUCCAGAUCUUUGCAAUUCCUUAUGUUCUCAGGGUUACAAAUGAAAAUAUCUGGUCUCCCUUUCACCUUCUAACCUGUUGCAGCCAGAGUGCAUGUUUCCAGUUUCUGGCCUCCUCUCGUGUUAUAUCCAUCUUGGAACGCUGGGAAUGAGCUUACAUUCAGCCUCUAGGUUUUAAUUUCAAAGUAACUGGGAAAGGGAGGGAGCUCCCUUGUAAAUGAGCAAACCAAAAUCCAGUGUAUUUUAUUCCAAUAAUAAUAAAAAAAAAUCUAUAUAUAUAUCAACUAUGUAUAAUUUAGUAUAUUAAGAAUAUGGUUGAAUAUUGAAGCUUUGAAUAUUCCUAGUUCAAAUGAUGGAUGGUGUUCCUUACUGUAUUGGAUCAGAAUUAUGGCCUUCUAAUUCUUCUUUUGGAAUGUCUUGCUGAUCGUGAUGUCCUGUGAGGAAGAUUUGGACUCUGUGCUGCCAGGAAUCUCCAGUGUUGAUAUAUGAAUUACACCUGGUAGUUCAACCAACUCAGCAUCUGGAGGUGCUGCCCUUCUGGCCAUGGAAGAUUAAACCCAGAUUUAUUAGCAAGUUUGUUUGAACUUUUGAUAUGAGCAAUGGUCUUGCAGUGCAAGAGGUAUCAAGUUAACACAGACUCCUUGGCAGAGACCAGUAGAGCUCUGAAAGGUAAAGAAAAUCCUAUGGCACGAGGCAGAGCAUUCUGAUUUCGCCAUUUCAACUUCAAUACCAGAUCAAAAGGUAGCAGGGUUUUUCUCUCCCUGACAAUGUUUUCAUGUACUCAGGUUUUCUUAAAGUUUCUCUGCAAGAUCGUUGCAGUUAAAAGUUUUGUCCAGAGCAGAAGAAGAGAACAAGUUUUGUAGGCAAUUCUGAGAUAAGAAGUUUGAGUUGUUCGGGUUGUGAUGACUUUCCUUUUCCCCCACUUCUUAAGUGAUCCUGUAGUCUCUGAAGCCUCUGUGUUCUCAGAUAUGGUUGCAUAGAAACUGCACAGAUUUGAACUUUCUUCUAAUAAUAUGAACUUGCAAAUCAACCUGGAAAAUGGGAACCUUUCUUCUUUGCUCCUAGCAGCUGGCACUCACUGGACUUCAUCCUUUUAUGAAAGGACUACAAUGAAUUCACUGAUUUUAUUAUGAAAAACACCACUUAACCUAACUUAUACUGUCAUGUACUGUGGAUUUGUGGUUCCACUUAUAAGAAGUAAGAGACCAUUGUGGAUUAAACUGCCUAAAAUGCUCCCUUCUUGGCUUAUAUAGACAAGAAUUCAUUCACCACAUGAGAGUUGCCUCCUCUUGGAGUGGUUGGAGUUUAAUGCAGUGUCCUGGAACUGUGGUAUUUUUUCCCCAGCUUAUUAAAUGUGCUCUUGUGUAGAUGAGUGCCCAACACCCUGUUUUAAGACUGUAUUAAAUUAACUGCUAUAAAGAACUUUAUCUUCUGAACAAGCGUACUGACUUUCCUUGUAACAAGUGGUUCUCACUUUGUCUCUGAAAGAACAUGCUCACAAAGUGUUUGUCCUUUCACAACUACAUCCAGCCUACACAAGGAAGUAGACUUAGAAGAUGUUCCAGGACACCUUCGGUACUGGCCAAUUUUACAGUGGACUCUUAUGUUUUUGUAAGCAAAAGUCUGCCAUAAACUGACAGUUGUCCAAGUAAGGGCAUGAGUAGGUAGAAAUCCUCUCUUAAAAGACUUUCUGUACAUCUAGCAUAAUUCUGUGCUUCAAAGUAUUCUUUAUUUUUUUAAUGGGUGAGCAAUGUGUUCUUGGUUUGUAGGCUGUGCCCUGUGUGCUGUUCAUGCAUGUGGCUUUACUACCAUGUUAAUGCACAAAGAGAAAGCAGCCAUGACAUUCCUUGUAUAAAAUCUUUGGCAUCUGUUUCAA